AUGCCAAAAUACGCAUUUAAGCCAAGCUGUAGUUUAUCUAAAAAAUCAAGAAUAAAAAGACAAAAUCUAAGUACCUCUACUGAGUGCAACAUUGUAUGUACUCCGCUCAUUAACCAAGAAGAACACCCAACGCCCGUAAUUCUAGGAGUCCAUAACUCUAUCAGAAUCACCGCAGAACCGUUUUCACAUACUGACAAUCAACAUAUUUUAGAAAAUGUGGAAUUAGAAUCGACUGAAAAUGCAUCUCAAGAACAAAAUAUGCACAAUGAAUUAAUACAUAAUAUUUCUGAUCCAAAUAUUUUCCAAUCAAAACUUUCUGAGUACAUUAUUUCAUCAAGAACUCCAAGAAGAAGUGCCACUAAGUUAUUGAAAUUACUCAAGUCGGUAGAUACAUUAAAUUGUUUGAAGUCACUUCCCCAGGAUUCAAGAACAUUAUUAUCUACCCCUCGAUCGGGCCAAGUUAAUUUGACAAAAAUUGGAGGUGGUGAAUAUGUUCACUUUGGUAUAUCUACUGGAUUGUUACAUACAUUGAAACAUUUUAUACCUGUUAAAAACCUAUCAAUAUUAGAUGUAUGGUUCAAUAUCGAUGGACUCCCAAUUGACAAAAAAGGAAAGUCUUUUUGGCCCAUACUAUGUGCUAUUUGUUUUGAGUCUACUAUCAUGAAACCUUUUAUUGUUGGUGCUUAUUUCGGAUCUAAAAAACCGUCUAAUGUUCAGGAGUAUCUUUAUCCUUUUAUUGAGGAACUUAAUCAACUUCUUGAACAUGGUUUGGCUAUAGAUGACAACACCAUAAACAUAAAUAUGAAAGGUAUAAUAGCUGAUGCGCCUGCCAGGGCUUUUAUGAAACAAAUCAAAGGUCAUUCUGGUUACUUUGCUUGUGAGAAAUGCAUUGAGGAAGGUAUUUAUUUGUCAGGAAGUAUAAGCUUUCCCAAUGGAACAGCUCAGCUUCGUACUGAUGAGUCAUUUGUUUCCUCUUUAAACGAAGAACACCAUGUAGGAGUUUCUCCGUUAUUAGAAAUUUCUGGUUUUGGACUUGUGUCAUCUAUUCCAUUAGACUACAUGCAUUUGUGUUGUCUAGGAAUAAUGAAAAAAAUUUUAAGUUUUAUGAUUAGAGGCACUUUAGUUCCAAAUUCUUGUGGUUCUAUUCGUCUGUCUAGGGACCAAAUAGAACGUAUCAAUCGACGUAUGAAAAUUACUGCACAAUGGCUAAGUAAAGAUUUUUCUCGUAUUCCUCUCGAUCUGAAUGAUUUCAAAACUUACAAAGCCACUGAAUUACGUCAAAUAAUGCUAUACACAGGACCAUUCAUUUUCAAAAAUAUUGUUAGUCAACUGGUAUAUGAUAACUUUUUGAUAUUUAACAUUAUAAUGAGAAUACUAAGUUGCACAAAAACAGUCACCAAUAAUAAUGAAUAUGCAGAUGUACUAGCUAAACACUUUUUAAGUACAUUUUGUUUUGUUUAUGGUCGGGGGAAUGUGUCUUAUAACGUGCAUUCAAUUAUUCACUUACCUCAAGAUGCUAAAAAGUAUGGGGUUGUAGACAAUUUUUCAUCAUUUCCAUUUGAAAACUAUCUACAACACAUAAAGAAAAUUGUUCAACCAGGUCAUUCUCCGUUAAUUCAACUAUAUAAUCGGAUUACAGAAGAGCGUGAAUGUGAUUUAUUAAAUGCUCAUGUAUCAUCCAUCCAUUAUCCAUAUUUAAAUGGUGAUCAUUGUAAUGGACCAUUGCCAGUUAACAUAAGCAAUAUUACUAUAGCUCAAUACUCAGUAUUAUUUAUGCAAAAUUUUACAAUUCGAGUGUCCAAUAAUAACCCAAGAAGUACUAAAAAAGAUGAUUGUAUCAUAAUUUCUUCUAAUGUAAUUGGCAUUGUUCAAAAUAUUUUGAAAAUCAAUGGAAAAAUUCAAUUACUUUGCAAAACGUUUCAACACAUUUCAUCUCUUUACAAUGAGCCAUGUACUUCCAAAUCAGUUUGUGUGUUUGAAUGUAGUAAAUUAUCUGCUACUUUAACAUUAUUUUCGAUUGAAGAUGUAAAAUUUAAGGCCUGCUAUUUACCAAAUGACUUGCAACAAACAACUUUUUAUGUUUGUGCCUUACUUCACACAAUUAAUUAG